UCACUGAUUACACCCAACAACAACACAAUCCAACCAUCAACCAUACUACACCAGAACACAACAAUGGCGUCCCAACGCCGGCGAUCAUCCGCCGCCACCAUCGCCGUCUUCUUCUUCCUCCUCUCCUUGUUAGCGGUGUUCUUCCAGCCGGCCGCCGCCUACUACCACCCUCAGGGGAAGAGGCAGACCGUCGCCGUCUUCUGGGGACGCAACAAGGCCGAGGGCUCGCUCCGGCAAACCUGCGACACCGGCGACUACAACAUCGUCAUCAUCUCCUUCCUCAGCGUCUUCGGCCAUGGCAAGUACUGGCUCGACCUCUCCGGCCACGACCUCCGAGACGUCGGCGCCGACAUCCGCCACUGCCAGUCCAAGGGCGUCUACAUGCUCCUCUCCAUCGGCGGCGACGGCGACGGCUACUCCCUCCCUUCCUCCAAGUCCGCCGCCGACGUCGCCUACAACCUCUACCACUCCUUCCUCGGCCGCCCACGCGCCGGCAUCUUCCGCCCCUUCGGCGACGACACCAUCGUCAACGGCGUCAACUUCUUCAUCGACCACGGCCCCGGCGACCACUACGACGACCUCGCCAACCGCAUCAACGACUACAACCAGAACAUCCACGACCCCAUCGGCAUCAUGCUGACGGCGACGGUGAGGUGCUCGUACCCUGACCCGAGGAUGAAGAAGGCGCUGGACACCAAGCUGUUCACGCAGAUCCACGUGAGGUUCUACGACGACCCGAGGUGCUCGUACAACCACGCGGGGCUCGCCGGCGUCAUGGCGCAGUGGAACAGGUGGUCGGCGAGGUACCCAAACAGCCGGAUCUUCCUGGGGCUCGCGGCGGCGAACGUGACGGGGAAGAACGACAUGGUCGGCGUCGGGGAGCUCAGCCGGAAGCUGCUGCCGGCGGUGCAGAAGACGGAGAGCUACGCGGGAGUGACGCUCUGGAACAGCUACUACGACUCCAAGACUCACUACGGAAGAUAUGUCAAGCACUGGGCUUAAUUUAAUCAAUUAAUUUAAGCUCAGAUCAACCAGCUAUAAUAAUCUACUACAGUGCAUGCAGCUCAAUCACUAUCGCAGUAAUCACGGUGUCAUGGGUUUAAUGUAGUAAACUACCCCCACUUAAUUACAUGUUGUUUGUUGUUUUUUGAUCUUGGUCUCGAGAGCAAGUGUUUUUUUUAUUUGCACAACUCUAGUGUGUCAUAUAUGCAUGUGUGAUCGAUGUAUCUGUACUUUUCUUUUUCCCUUUUUUCCUUUUUGCAACUGUGUAUGUAUUGAUGUAUAAUGAAGUUGUACAUGAUGUUUAAUGAAUACGGAUUUGCUAAAUGUUAUUAGACCGAAAUUUAGGAAU